AUGAAAAGAUUUAUAUUCGCUUCCAAUGCUUUGCUCAACAAGGACACGUUUGAAGACGUGAUAUUUACCGACAAGACAACUGUUCAAAUUGAACAGUAUGCCAGGAUAUGCUUCCGAAAAGAUGGCAGUCAACCCAAACGAAAAGGACGCCCGAAGCACCCUCUGAAG